AUGAAGGUAAAGAUCCACAGCGAAGAAGAAGAGACCAGAGAGACUGAUGACCGGGGAACGGAGCUAAACGGACUCAGUAAUGACCUGGUGAGAGAAUGUCCUGGUCAGAUAUUCCAGGUCUCACGGCUACUGACCCACCUGGGUGCAACACUGAGCUCUGACUCCGACAUCCUGCUGCAGCCCUACCUGUCCUGCUGGGAUGAGCUCAUCAAGUUCAUGGAGUCUUUGGGUACUGUGGUAUCCUUCAUCUCUCAGCAGGUGCGGAAAAAAGUCACAAUAAUCCGCGAGCUAGCUCAGCAAGAUGCACAGAUGCGAAGGGAGGGAGAGAUUGGGCGAGAGGCCGAAGGGAACUCGUACCGAUCCGUACGCUCCAUGAUUGAGGCAGAGCUGAGCCGCGGCCUGGUAAACUUCCGCACCCAGACUCCAUCCGGCUGCCGCACUUUGCUCAGACUCCACCGUGCCCUGCUGUGGCUCCAGCUGUUCCUCCAGAAGGUGGGCGAGGGCCCAGAUGCCAGUGGCGAGAUGCCACACCCGUCAGACCUGUGCCGGGAGGCCUAUCAACUCACCCUCGCCCACCACCACUCCUGGAUCGCCCAGCGCGCGGCGGAGCUGGCCUUCAUGGCCAUGCCUGACCGGGAGGCGAUGAUCCAGCUGGUGUGCGUGCACAGCCAGCAGGAAGCAGGGCGUGUCCUGGACAGGGUGGCCCGGGCGUUGGGGGAGGUGUACUCCAGGACCCAGAAUGCUUUUGAGGAGCAUGGCCUGCUGGAUCUCCCAUAGAUGCCCUGUCGGAAUCCAACGUGAGCAUCUGCAAAACCAUCUAGGAUAGGAAUGUAAAUAAUUAUGGUGUGUGUCUGCUGUGUUCCAGAUCUAUGCUGGGGCUUGACAGUGUCAUCUUACCUUUCAAUGAACGUAAGCAGUACAAAACAGAAAUGACUGAGAUGAGAAACAACCUGCAAUACUUAUUAUCUUGUGAUAAAUAAGUCAUUGUUUUUUUAUGUGACAAUAACAGUUACAGGAGAGUUGCAUUAACGUCCGAAUGCUAUUCAGAAUGUAUUAGUCACUACACUUUUCUGUGUAGAUCUUAUUUAUUUAAGUUUUUAUAGCACAGGAUUUUUGAAGUAGUUCUUUCAUCGCAGCGGUAACUCGCACGCAGUAUCUCUGUUUCUCCACUAGAGGCCUCAAAAGGGCUGAUUCAGAGUGCUAGUGGCCCUUAGCACAU